AUGAGGAGCUACGACCCUUCAAUGGAAGGCAGGAUGCACCCAAAAGCUCCGAAGAGACCCAUGUCGGCCUUUCUACUAUUUUGCCAGGAGUACCGCCCCCAGCUCAGGGCAGACCACCCCAACCUGUCCCUGGUGCAAGAGUCCCGCCGCCUAGGAGCCAUCUGGUGCGGGCUCUCCAAGAAGGAAUACCAGCGGUUCGCAAACUUGGCUGCUCAGCUGCGAAAAAAAUACCAUAAGGAUGUGAAGAAAUACAAGAAGGCGGCUAAGAAGAUCUCCCUGCGCAGGGAGAGAGUGGCCGGGAAGUGGCGCCGGGAGGAGGAGGAAGAAGACUCCUACAACUCGGAGGAAAGCAUGGACGACUAG